AUUUAUCUUCCAGAGUUUUAAGUGAUCACUAACAAGAUUUUAGAAGAAUGCUGUUACGCUUUCUAACUCUUAUAGUCCUAAUCUGGGUCCCAAGAACACUGGCUGAUCCAGGGGAUUGUCUGGAAAUGGAUAGCAAACCUCCGAAGUGUGCAGACUAUGUGGAUGCUGUUACUAAAGAACCUGUGUUUAUUGUACACGCAUUCAAUUGUAGUCGUUUCUGGGUUUGUGAGCCAGACCAAGCAGCUUGUCUUUUUGAGUGUGCAAAAGCCAGUGAAGAUGGAGCACUGUAUUUUGAUGUUAGAAUCCAGUAUCCAGAAGGGCCUGUUUGUGAUUGGCCUGCAGUAAUCGACUGUGAGAUGGGGGAUGAACCUGAAUGUCUUAAAGAUGAGGAUUGUCUGGAAACUGAGUACUGUGCUGAUGAUUCUAAAUGUAAAGUAGGAUGUAGAGAUGAUUCCACCUGUGUACCAUGUGGAGAAUGCAAAAGUCAUGUAUGCACAACACCCGAAUGCUGUUCUGAUGCAGACUGUGAAGACAAUGAGUAUUGCUCUGCAGAACAAAUCUGUGAAUUUGGUUGUAACCAAGAUGAUGAUUGUGUGGACUGUGCUACAUGUGAUAACCAUAAAUGCACUGAGCCAGAGUGCUGUGAAGAUAAUGAUUGUACUGCUAUGACUUGCUCAACUUGUACUCUAAAUUCUUUUGAAUGCAUGAACCCGGAAUGCUGCACAGAUGCUGAUUGUAAAGAAAAUUUUUUUUGUUCAGCCAGUCAGAUCUGUGAACCAGGAUGUACUGAUGAUUCUGACUGCAAAGACUGCGCCAUCUGUGAAAGCAAUCAAUGCACUGAACCAGAGUGCUGUGCCAAUGAGGAUUGUACAGCCAUGACUUGCUCGACAUGUAACUUGGAUUCCUUUGAAUGCAUCAAUCCUGAUUGCUGUUCAGAUGCUGAUUGUUUAGAUACAGAGUACUGUUCUGAUGCAGGCACUUGCCUUCCAGGAUGUAAUGAGAACUCAGAUUGUACCACCAUGUCAUGCUCAUCAUGCGACCUAAAUGCUAUGCAGUGUAUUGACCCUGAUUGUUGUUAUGAUGAAGAUUGUGCCUCUACUGAAUAUUGUACUGAUGCCUUGAUCUGUGAGGAUGGUUGCAAAACCAAUGCUGAUUGUGGUGGUUGUGCAACAUGUGAAGAUCAUGUCUGUACUGACCCAGAGUGUUGUGUAGAUGCAGAUUGUAUGGACCCUGAAAAACCAAUCUGUGCUGAAGACAAUUUAUGUGUAGCAGGUUGCAGGAAUGAUGAAAUGUGUCCAGGUUUUGAUGUAAUUUGCACCCCUAUGUAUGAUAAUUGCAAUUGGUGUGACAGCGAGAAUAAUGAGGUUGGACAGUGCAAUCCAGGUUGUAUUGAUGAUGAUAACUGUGCUGGAUCUCUUGAAUGUAAUGGAGUUCAUGAAUGUAUACAAGCAGAUGGUGUGACUGUUCUCAAACAGAUUGUUCUUAACACUGAAUCAUGCAAUGGAUGCCAAGGAACAGCUGUGGAGGAUGGACCCAUUCUAGAAAUCAUUGGAGGACAGAUUGUAUCUGGGGUUACUGAAUGUAAAACUAAUGCACUAGACCAUGAGGAUAUGAUUGACUUUGCCCCUGGAAAUGAAGCUGUAUUUGAGGGUGAAACUGAUAAGGAUGUUCUAGGGUCAUGUUACAAGGCUUCUCUAAUAAGUGAAGUGACAGGUGGUAAAAUCAUUUGGACUGCAAGUGUUGGAGAAUGGAGUUUGGCAAAUAACAGAGUUGAUUUUUACUGGUCAGAUGAAAAUGCAUGUCCUUACUCUUGUUGUCUCUCGGAACCUGUUCUAAGUGUGACCUCUAAUACAGCAGACUUGGUGAACUGCUCUAGAAACUGUGGGAACUCUGUUCAGUGUUGAAAAGAAUGAACAUAAUAAGAGCAAAUUGUUUAAUUUGUCAAAUAUAUUGAAUCAUUGACUAA